AUCGCAACGUGUGGAUCGUGGGCGCGAGUGUUGAAGUGUCUCUCCUCUCGUGAUCGUGAUUUGGCGCGAGAAGAAAAAAUUUCCAAGAAAAUUCUCAUAUCUCGUCUACACGAGCGACUUUUUCUCGAAAUUAGUCCUUCUCUCGUGAAAAUAAGCGUGAGUAGUAUAGUGAUAGUCGGGACGCGUUCGCGAGGCGAAGGAGAAAAAAAGAUAUCGUCCAGGAGGCACGGUUAACACUUGGCGACGAGGAUGAUGCAUACUAUGAGUGAGCACGCCGGCGUCGGCGUGCUGCCCUUUGACGGGAUGGGUCUUUAUGAACAGCCGCGACCACCCCGGCUCGUUUUCAAAAUGCCGCGGGUCGUACCUGACCAGAAGUCUAAAUUCGAGAGCGACGAGCUUUUUAGGAGACUGAGCCGCGAAAGCGAGGUGAGAUAUACGGGUUAUAGAGAUCGACCGCAAGAAGAACGGCAAGUACGUUUUCAAAAUGGCUGUCGAGAAGGCCACACGGAGAUUGCGUUUGCGGCGACGGGUACCAAUCUUCAGCUUGUUUUUGGAAACGCAUCCGGGAACUACGCCGUCGAUCCCUGCGAUUGUGAUUUUGAUAAGGAGCACGGCAAGGUACACCUGCGCUCGCAUCUCAUCAUGAACGGCGUAUGCGUGAGGUGGCGCGGUUGGAUCGAUCUGGACCGGCUCGAUGGUGUCGGAUGCCUCGAAUACGACGAGGAGCGCGCCGCCGAGGAAGACGCGCUGCUACGGGAUCAGCUCGAGCGUUACAACCAGCGGCUGCGCGACUUCGAGGAGAAGCAGCGUGCCUAUCGUAGCGGCGCGGCAUCGGCCGCGCAACCGCCGCAUCUCAAUCAUCACUAUCACCACGACACGCAUCACGCGGCGAGCCAUCACCAUCACCAUCACGGCCACCACAGCCGGCACGUGGGCGCGGGAGCGACCGGCGCCACCGCCACCGGUAUCGAACCCCACCUGCCGCAUCGCCAGGAGUCCGAGAUGGAAGUGCGACUGCGGGCUUACUGAGGCCCGCGUAGAUCCGACUGCCCUCGAUGACGGUGAAGGACGGGAGAGAGUUCAUUCUUGGUCUUGAAUCGAUAAUAUUAAGCGCGUCGACAUUAGAUAAACGCGAAAGCCAUCCUGCUCCUUCGUUUUUUCACAUCCUCGAGGAGAAUGAUGUAUAGACUGUAUAGGAUUCGCCUGUUCUGCGACGCAAACGACCCAAACAUCGCGAGCUCGCAUUCCGUCCGAUCUGUUAUCCGUGCAUCAACGUCGCGAAGCAACGAGUAUAACGUUAUCGACAACGAAUCGCAGAAGUUGCGCGCCAAUAAAUGCGUUUUUCGUCGUAUAUUUAAAUAAUGUGAAAUGUGACCUUGCUUUCAUUUUGUUACUCGUGGCAAAUCAAUUAGCUUUGGUUGGGAGGAAUGCGAACUUCACGCAUUAGAGAGAUUUUUUUCUCUUUUCGUUGUAACAAUGUUCUCAACAGUCAUAGUGGCAUGGUAUUAAGUGAAUUUCAUCCUCAGUUUUGCGAGUUUUCUAAGUUUUUUGUAAAUAUAUUUUUAUAUUUAAUUAUAGUUUAUAAACGAUAGUUUAAAAAGAUUUCUUUUUAGUUCAUCGCGAUUAAAUUAAUUAUAGCCUUGUUUAGAUUCUCUCACUUAUUCAAUGUGUUUCUCGCGUGAAUUUAAAAAAAAAUGAGAGUAUUUUAUUUCUUUGCACGCAUCAUUUUGCAACGGUAAUAAAAAUAGCGCCCACCUCCGAUGUACCAAUUGACCGCUCGAAGAUCAAAGCGCCUGUGACACUUUACAUAAAUAUAUCCUGCGAUCCGAUACAUAAUUUGCCAUUUAUUGAAAUGGACGUUUUAGGAUGUUUACAACAUUAUGGAAAUCUCGUGAACCAAUUUAAUGCUUACGUUCUGUCACGACAGAACAAUAAUAUCGUUCGUUAAGGGAACCAUCAACGGUAAAUAUCGCAGAACAGGCAGCUUUGCGUGCGUCAGGAAGUGCGGCUGGUUGGUAUCUCUUUAAAGAAAGCACUAUAUAUAAUACUCGACAUUUUUUAAAAUUAUAUUAUACUCUCGAACACUUUUUAUAAAAAAUAUAAUAAUUACUAAUUUAUCCUUAUAUAUCCGGAUUUAUUAAAUUUUAUUUUUUAUACUUUUUUAAUUAUAUAUAUAUAUAUAUAUAUAUAUAUAUAUAUAUAUAUAUUUAUUUAAUAUUGAGAUUUUCAUAGAAUAAAGCUUUGAAAGUUGUGCGACAAUAUUUUCUUGAAGAAAUAUCCAAUUUAUUUUUGCUUUAUUUAGACAUACUAAAUUUUGUUUUUUAAUUUAAUAUUUUGCUAGUCUAGACUUCUUAAUGUCUAGACUUCUAGAUAUUAUUAAAAUUCUCAUGGAAUAGCUAUAAAAAGUAUUGAUAAAUUUUCGAUUGUUAAAAAGAGUAUCUUCUUUUUACGACUUUUAAUAAUACAUCAUAAUGCUAAUAAAUAUCAUGCUAUCUUUCUUCGUCUUUCAUCGCGGCAAGAUACAGAGAUCGCCCCAUCUCCUUUCGUUCGUACGAGAGCGAUAUUCGCGGAAAAUAUUUCGCGUUUGAUCGCGAAGAAGAGACAACGACCGUCAUGACAAUUGCGUCAUCGGCGUGGCUCGUCAUUGACGAAAUGCAUGAAUCACGAAAUGAUUUCCAGCGUGCGAGUACGAUGAGUCAGUAUGCGGAUCGUUGCGUCUGUUUACGUUUUACCUUUAAGUUGAAUACCUGAUUGUCGUAAGGAAAAAAACGAAGAAAUCUUUCGUUAUUAUUGUACAUAUUUGUAAAGAGUUUAUAGAUUAAAGAUAUCAUUUUUUGCGUCGGA